AUGUUUGCUAUAGCAUCAACAAAAAACCGAGUACAUAUCAAACCAAAUACAAAUCAAAUUACAUCAAACUCAAACUCAAAGGUUAAAUUAUAAUCCUCCCAACCUUUUGAAUCAGUAGUUGCAUCACACAUUCCCAAUGGAUUCGUUUUUGCAUAGUUCACAUCUCAUACAAUUGAUACAAAAAUAAAAAAUAAAUCAAAGGAACAAAAAGAAAAGCAUAUGAUUAGAUAAUUUGAUCUAAUGUCUAAAGAAAAUGGGUCCACCUAAUACCCGUUCCCAAAGUAUAUCAUCGACUCGAAACAUUGGUGAUAAGAUACGAUUCCAAUGGCUGCUUCUUUUUCUCCUACAACACCAAUCUCACGCCCAAGCAUUAGAACCCUCACUUCCAUCUCUUCCUUCAACGUUUCCAACAAUUUGAGCACUCGUUCACAACCCCGGAGCAUCGUGAAAUGCGAAUCCAGUGCAUCGGCAGCAGACGGCCAGACGCCGCCGGCAAAAAGUCAGAAACUCGAGAUCGGCUCCCCCGUUAUCGUAAUCGAGGCUCCCAAGAUGAUAAAGACCGCAGCCUCAGUUCCAUGUCUCAGGGUCAAUUCCGGCAUAAUCAACCCCGGUGACGUCGGCAGAAUCGUGUCGAGAAAACCUAAGGACGUGUGGGCCGUGCGGCUUAAAGUCGGGACUUACCUCAUAGAUGGAAGGUAUUUUAGAGCAUUAGAACUCGAUCAAUAGCUUUAAUUUGUCCGGAGGCUCUCAAUUUGAAGGUUCCGAGCUUCCAAAUUCACCUUUCAUGGCGACUUCGUUGGAAUGCGGCGUGUGUUUGAAUCCGUUUGUAAAAAAUCAUUCGGUUAUCGUUGCAUGUUGUUCAGAUCAUCCUCCACGUCUCGAUCUUGAUACAGCAGAUCAAAUGCAACUUAAUUAACCAUGGAUUUAGGAGUCUUGUAUAUUUUAUUGCAAAUCUGUUAUGCAUCUUCGUGGAAUUCACGAUGAAACUCGAACCCUCAAUCCCGUUUGAUUGUUUCUUUACUGCAUGUUUCCAUUGUAUUUUAAGCAUGGAUGUAUAUUUUGGUUUAAGAUAUAUUUCGUGCAGGUUGUGAGUUCGGCUCAUUUGACCUGUGCAGGACAGCUAGGUUGGUUCAAAUUAGUAAGCAAUUAAAAAUAACCGUCGAGCAAAA